UUUCUAUUUUAGUUGUCACCUUCUCCUGAUGAUGAUAGCAAGUAUAUUGCUACUACUGCUAAAGAUGGCUGCCUCUUGUUUUGGAAAUGGGACCCAUAAACACUCAAAUUUCAUGAUAAACCAGUUAAAUUUAUGGAGAAGAACAGGGUCAGUGAUCAAACUCUCUGUUCAGCUUUUAGUCCUGGGGGUAAAUUCUAUGUUACAGGGGGUACUGAUAAGAUAGUACGUGUGUAUGAGAUGAGUGAUCCUCCAUUACUAGUGAAUGAACUCACUGGUCACACUGACAGGAUAUUAACAAUACAAUUCAACAACAAUGGACAAUGUUGUUUUGCUACUGGUUCUUGUGACGGUACUUCUAUCAUAUGGAGAUACUCCAGUUCUCAAUGGACCAGUAUUGUACUGGUAGCUAGUGUUGAUCAACAGCUAAUUUCUGCUGCCAGUAAAUUUGAUAAUAAAACAAACCAAGUGACCAUGAUAUGCUGGGAGAGAUUAACUGAUAGUUACCUAGCAACAGGCCACACCCCUGACUGCAAUAUAAGGAUAUGGAACACCAGUAAUGGGGAAAUGGUCUCUCUAUUAAAGGGUCAUACUAAUGAAGUUUUUGUUGUUGAAUGUCAUCCAAAGGAACCGAGAAUAUUAUUAACUGCAGGUCAUGAUGGUCAGGUUAUUAUUUGGGAUAUGCUGGCAGCUGUUCAACUGAAGGUCUUUCAAAUUGAACAUCCAGAUGCUGAUACUUUAUAUAGUGAUGAUGAUUUAUAUACGACUGAAUGUAUACUACAAGAAAGACAAGGGAAGCAACCAUUACUGAGAAAAAGCACCAGCAGUAAAUAA